CGUUGGUCCCAGUUCAAGACCUACUCCACCUUCCAGCGCACCUGGGACAUCUGGGGCUUUGGCCUCGCCUUCUUUUUCAAGCUCUGGUGCAUCAACCAGAAGUGGUGGUACGGCAAGGAGGGGAUGAGCGAGGGGGCGGUGAGCGGGCAGCGCGCCGCGCUGGCGGCCUGGCUGCGCGAGGGCCUCGUCAAGCUGGGGCCCACCUUCAUCAAGAUCGGCCAGCAGUUCUCCACGCGCGUGGACGUGCUGAGCCCGGAGUUCAUUAAGGAGCUGGAGAAGCUGCAGGACAACGUUCCCGCCUUUGAGAGCGAGACGGCGGUACAGAUUGUGGAGAGCACGCUGGGCAAGCCGCUUGACCAGCUGUUCGAGGAGUUUGACCCGCAGCCCAUCGCCGCCGCCUCCCUGGGGCAGGUGCACGUGGCGAAGAUUGGCGGGGAGAAGGUGGUGGUCAAGGUGCAGCGGCCGGGGCUGAAGGACCUGUUUGACAUCGACCUGAAGAAUGUGCGGGUGCUGGCGCAGUUCCUGCAGAAGGUGCGGGGAAGCUGCAAUACGUUACUUAAUGCGCCCCGCCCGGGCAUGUGUGUGCGCGGGAGGUGUGUGUGUGGGGGGGUGCCUGGGGCUGCUGUAGCGGUUGCUGCAGCAAUCGGGUGCUGGCUGGCGUACGCGCCGGGCGUCAAGAUCAACCGGGUCAAGGAGCUGGACCGCAUGGGCGUGGACCGCACGCUGCUGGCGCAGCGCGCCGUCGAGUCCUACCUGCAGCAGCUGCUCAACCACGGCUUCUUCCACGCGGACCCCCACCCGGGCAACAUCGCUGUGGAUGCGGAGGGCGGCGGGCGGCUCAUCUAUUACGACUUUGGCAUGAUGGGCACCAUACCCUCCGACAUCAGGUGGGGGGGGGGCAACCCACGGCUUUGGGAGACGUUACGGAGACCCACGCGGGGCUGCGCAGACGCGGCAUCCCGCUUGCUGCACCCUAUCCGCGCCACCUUCCAGUCACGCCACCGUCACCAACCUGCCCUCGCCCCACCGCGUCUUCUUUCUUCCCCCUCCUGCCCUUCUUUCCUCCCCGCAGGCGAGGACCUGCUGGUGGCGUCGGCCGACAAGCCCUUCCGCUUCCCAGCCACCUUCACAUUUGUGGUGCGCUCCUUCACUGUGCUGGACGGCAUCGGCAAGGGGCUCAACCCUCGCUUUGACAUGACCGAGAUUGCGGCGCCGUACGCGCGCCAGCUGCUGCUGGAAGGCUCCUCGCUGCAGAACCGCGCGGUGGCCAACCUGUUCAAGGGCCCCAAUAUGAUUGAGGACACCUACACGGUGAUGCAGCAGCUGGAGCGCGGCGACCUCAAGCUGCGGGUGCGGGCGCUGGAGGCGGAGCGCGCGCUGACGCGG